AUGUCCUUGAUUAAUUUUAAAAACAUUCUCUCUUGUUCAAGUGAAGAUCGAGUUCAUUGUGCUAAAAAUUUACUUGAACCAGAACAAUAUAAAAAAUGGUUAUCAUCUGAUAGUACUGACGAACGUAUAGUAUGUGUUCUUGAAUUCGAAACGCCUAGUUUAAUAAACUCUGUUGAUAUUGGUAAUGAUGGUAGUGCAUUUAUUGAACUAUUAGUUUCUCAAUCAACGUCUGAUGAAUGGACUGCACUUUUACCUCAGACAAUGUUAAUGACUCCGAAUGAAUCACGUUCAAAUAAAAAUCGCAAUCAAAUUAAAGUUUUCAAAUCUAACGAUUUAAAUAAAACAUGUUUAAAUGAAAAAUGGGAUCGAUUAAAAAUAAUAUGCGAACAAAAAUUUAAUUCAUCAAAUCAGUUUGGUUUAACUUUUAUUAAAGUCAAUUCAAUGGCUGAUGGUGCUCAAAAAACAGAAUUAGUUAAUAAAUCAUUAAAUAGUGUAGUAGAUGAAGAUGAAAACGAAAUUGUAAACGAACCAAAUAAAAUCGGUUCAUUUUUUACUGAGAAUAAAUUCAAAUCAAUAUCCACUGAUAAUGAAAAAGCUAUUUCAACAAAUAUUGCUGAAGAAUUAUCAGCUAAAAAAUCAGCAAAUGAUAAUCAAAGUCAAAUAUUGAAAAAAAAUGAUGUACAAACUGAUAAAUGUCCAAUAAUGAAAAAUGUUGUUUUUGUUUUAAGUGGUUUUCAAAAUCCAUUACGAUCACAAUUACGUAAUAAAGCAGUUUCAAUGGGUGCUACUUACAGCGAUGAUUGGAAUGAGAAAUGUACUCAUCUCAUUUCUGCAUUCCCAAAUACUCCAAAAUUUAAUGAAGUUCUACAAACAGGAAAAGGUAUGAUUGUUAGUAAACACUGGAUCAUGGAUUGUUGUAAACAAAAUCAAUUAUUAUCUGAAAAGUCUUACAACCUAAAGGAAAAAACUGAUAAAGAAACAUCAAAAAGAAAAUUAGAAGCAACCAAUAGAAAAAAUGUAGAUGAAGAAGAAGCUGUUGAUACAAACGAUACUACGGAAAGAACUUCGGUGAAAAAACCAUCUCGAGCUACAAAUAAAACUGCAAACAAGAAGAAUCAAUUUGAACAAAUACCAGAUAUUUUUCAUGGCAAACAUUUCUAUGUAUCUUAUGGUGACUAUGAUGAUAAUACCCUUCUCGGCAUAACGAGAGUUAUACUUGCUUAUGAUGGAAUUUUGGACAGACAAAUUACGUCGGAUGUGAAAUAUGUUAUUACAAAUCGAAUGUGGAAUCAAGAUUUUGCAAAGAUCUCAAAGUCAAAUCCAGAUAUAAAUUUCAUAAGUCUUGAUUGGUUGCAAGAUUGUCAUGAUGCAGAUCAGUUUGUACCAAUUCAACCAUAUUUAGUUGUUCCUUAG